UCCAAGCGGAAGAAGAGUGAAAGAAACCAUACAGCAGCCUCAGACCUAGCCACCUCCCCCCCCCGCCAAACCGGGAAUGGUAUCUCCCAGCCUGGGCUUUAGUUCCAUGGGAAGGGCCUGGGAGCGGGUCAGGUGACAGAGUCCCGUGCUUCCCUUCGCCUCCUUAUCUGCCGGCCUUGGCGGGGGAUUGUGUUCAGGGAGAGAGCGCGAAGACGAGGAGGAAGGAUGCGCGCGCAGGGGCUUGUCGCCGCAGCCACAGUGUUAGUGGUCGCUGUCGUGGGCGCAGUUUCGGCCAAGGACCCGUUUUCCGAAGAGUGCAAAAUACAUGAAUAUCCUCCAUCAGGACCAACGUACAAAGGAAAUGUUCCAAAAUACAUCAUAAACCUUGACUUGCCACCUAGUGAGAGAUGGGUUAAAUUAGUAACUGACAAAAAGGCAGAGCUGAAGAUUAUGAUUUUUAGUCUGAAGGGUAUGUUAAAAGCAUUGAUCCACAAUAAAAAAUACAUGGCUGCACUAGAAAAUAAAUUGGCUUGGCUAGGGACUACCCUCCCUUAUCCUUUCGAUGAAGAGAUCAAAGGCAUUGCCUCUGCUGCUGACAUACCUUUAGGUGAUAUUGUUGUAUUCAAUAUUUUCUAUGAAAUCUUCACAGUGUGUACCUCAAUAGUAGCAGAGGACACAACAGGAAAGCUAUACCAUGCCAGAAAUCUUGAUUUUGGGUUGUUUCUUGGGUGGGAUAUUAAAAACAGUUCUUGGACUGUAACAAAGGAACUAAAGCCAUUAAUGGUCUCAGUGGACUUUCAAAGGAACAAUAAAACUGUAUUUAAAUCUUCAAAUCUUGCAGGCUAUGUGGGAAUGAUAUCUGGAGUCAAGCCUGGUGCCUUUUCUCUCACCUUGAAUGAACGCUUCAGUGUAGAUGGAGGUUACAUUGGACUCUUUGAGUGGAUAGUUGGUCAGAGAGAUGGCUGGUGGAUGAGCUUCCUCACUAGAAAUGUGCUGGAAAAUUGUACAAGUUAUGAAGAUGCAAAGGACAGACUGGUUAACUCAAAACUGCUGGCACCAGCCUAUUUCAUAUUGGGAGGCAUGAAAUCAGGAGAGGGUUGUAUUAUUACACGUUCUCGAAGCGCUACCUUAGACAUAUGGCCCUUGGACACAAAAAAGGGUAUCUGGUAUUUGGUGGAGACCAAUUAUGAUCGCUGGAAGGAUCCAUUUGUUCUGGAUAACAGGAGAGAUCCCGCCAUGAAAUGCUUGAACCAAACAAUGCAAGAGAAUAUCUCAUUACCAACUAUUUACAACGUUCUUUCCACAAAGCCUGUCCUUAACAAGCUGACUGUGUCAACAACACUGUUGGAAGUUUCUGAUGGACACAUAGAGACUUACCUGAGGGAUUGUCCUGAUCCCUGUAGUCCUUGGUGAGGGCUGCACUUGCCUAUAGAAUCGUAUCAAUGUGGGAUGCAUUUUCUCCAGGGGAAAUUAGGGGAGGGAGUGGGGAGAGAAUCUUAGCCUGCUGUUGGUUGGGAGAUGAGCUUCUAGGCCUGGUUGUACUUCACACCAAAAAUUGACCUUUAAUUGGCAGCCUACUUUGAACUGUCUGCUUGUUUCUGUGUAUGAAACUAAAACCAAAUGACUUUCAGUCCCUGCUGCUUCUGCUAGUCAUUGCUUAGAAGAUUAAUCUUGCAGCACCAUCCUAUGCCACUUUGUUUAAUAGGGCAUAUGUGAUGGAAUUACAGCCCUGGGGAAAGGGACAGUUUGGAAAGUAGUGUUGUGCAGACUUGAAAGAACCCAGUGCCCCAUCAUGGUGCUUCACCUGCUCUAGUCUACCAGCUACCUCAGCAUUUCACUGUUUUCUCAGCUUGAAUGAAUGCUUGCAUUCAGUUUCCAUAUAUUUAAAAUUAGAAGAGAGUAGAGUGAGAGAUGUAUCCAACAUAAGGGGAAUAUAACAGUGUUCUGCAUCUGGAGAAAUAUCUAGAGUUUUAGUCUUCCACAUUCACAGAAGUUAGAGGCAUAUGGCCCCAUGAAAAACCCUGAAUAAAAAAUGCCAACUUUUUUACCUGAGAAAACACCUCUCUAGAAAUAUCUAGGUCCUCCAAUAUGAUCAUAGAAUCAUAGAAUAGUAGAGUUGGAAGAGACCUCAUGGGCCAUCCAGUCCAACCCCCAUGAUUGGAGAAAAUUGGCCAUAGGGGGUCAUACUUUGGAAGAUCUAGCGAUUCCUAAAGAAAACAUUUUAAAUAAAAUCUAUGAACAAUAAAACCCAUACAAAUUAAAACAGCAAAUGGUAAGGGGUUGGGAUGCAUUCUUAUAGUAAUGGUGCAGUGUUCCCCACCACCACCACUUCAAGGCGUAAAUGUCGGAUAGGGCUGCAUCUCCUGCAAUGGUUAACUGGCCUCAAGCAUGGAUAGUGUAACAUAGCUUUGAUAUUCCUGGCUAUGCCAUCCCUAGAACAAUAUUCUCUGCCUCGCUGUUUCUGAACCUUGUGCCAUUGCUUGUUCUCCAGCUGGAAAGACUAGAGGGAAAACAAUGCUAAGGGAAUGGCUGCCUGUGUACUGUGGAAUGCAUUACAGUGUCCCUAUCUCAUCCUUCAAACUUUUCUUUUGUGGUGCACUUACUAAAAUACGGGACAUGAUUGCUUCAGAAUAGAUGUUCUUUUUCCUAGUAAUUAAUGGAGAUGAUUAAUGUUUCAGUACUGCUAGUCAGUAUUAAGAAUGUAUCUUUUAACAAGUUCUUGAUCAUUUUGCAAUAAAAAAAUGAUACAUUA